AUGUUUUCGAAAUCAUCAAGACAACUGAUGAAGAUUGUCGGUAUUCAGGUGUUCAUCAGGAUCACGCUGGCCAGAGUUUUACCGCAGAUGGACCUUUCCUACAAAUCCAGAAUCACCCCGGAUUCUAGAUUCAGCGUCGGUCCCAUUUUGACUCCUGUCAAAUUCCUCAAGCUGAAGAACAAACAAAUGCCUGAACGAGCACGUGCACAAGAUCUUCAAAAUAGCGCCAAUAAUGGAGGCAUGCAGCCCGAAUAUUUGGAACCAGUAAGUGCCUCUCCUAAGCGAAUCAGAAUAGAGCUUGCACGUGGAUCGAACAAACAUGUGUCGAUUACACAUCGAUCAGGCAGACGGAUCCAUCUUACUUUAAGGGGGAGACAGGAUACCCAGCAGGCCAGCCCAAGACAGGUUAGGAUGAUGUUUAAGAACAGACCACAGAACGUUGCCAUGGAUACGAUUUCAAACUCUGUAAAUGUCAAUGAAUUUCCUUCCGAGACAACCCAAUUCCGUAAAACUGUCGGUGUGAAUGCCGGGAAGAACCAGAGAGGGUCAAGUCAGAUCGUCCUAUUUCGAACAAACAGUCCCAAUCGAAUGCAGAAGCGCGUCAUCAUCAGGCCUGCCACCGGAAGCGGAAGUUCAAACAGACGUGUUCUGAGAAUCCAUUUCGUCAGAAACAACAACGGCAAUGAUAUCGUUCAAAGGGGAGUAACUCGCACUGAGAUAAAUAUGCCAACAACAAAAGUCGAUCAGUACUCACAAGUCAACAGAAUGAAAAAUGGCGGACACGUCGAAGUAACUCCCAGUUUAACUCAAGGUCAAGGCCAAAAUCAAGUCCACAAUCCACUUCAAGGUCAGUUUGAACUUCAAGGGCAACUCAGUGGUGAGGUUCUGGCUGAAAUUAAAGGAAAAAUAGAAAGUUUGCUCCAAGGUCAACUCCAGGGUAUGGAAGAACCGGAUGUUGUACCAACAGCGAACGGAAGAGCAUCAUUAGUGUCACCAACAUCGAGUCCAUCGAAAAGUGAACGCUCAACAACUCUACCUGUUGAUAUUGAAGCCGAGGAAAUUUAG